CGCGUGCCCCGCCCCCGCCCGCGGCCGCGCGGUGUCGCCGUCCGGGUAUUUGAACGGCGCUUCCGCCAUUUUCCCUGCGCCCGGCACGGAGCGAGCAGCGGGAGAGCCUCGGUGGAGAGCCAGCAUGGCCGCCCAAGGAGAGCCACAAGUGCAGUUUAAGCUUGUUCUGGUUGGUGAUGGUGGCACUGGUAAAACAACAUUUGUAAAGCGUCACUUGACUGGUGAAUUUGAAAAGAAGUAUGUAGCAACGCUGGGUGUUGAAGUUCAUCCUCUGGUGUUCCAUACUAACAGAGGCCCUAUUAAAUUUAAUGUAUGGGACACAGCUGGCCAGGAGAAGUUUGGAGGCCUGCGUGAUGGCUACUACAUCCAAGCUCAGUGUGCCAUCAUCAUGUUUGAUGUAACAUCCCGAGUUACUUACAAGAAUGUACCUAAUUGGCAUAGAGAUCUGGUACGAGUAUGUGAAAAUAUCCCUAUAGUGUUGUGUGGCAACAAAGUGGAUAUUAAGGACAGAAAAGUCAAGGCAAAAUCCAUUGUGUUCCAUAGGAAGAAGAAUCUCCAGUAUUACGACAUUUCAGCUAAGAGUAACUACAACUUUGAGAAGCCUUUCCUGUGGCUUGCUAGGAAGCUAAUUGGAGAUCCCAACUUGGAGUUUGUUGCCAUGCCUGCGCUCGCACCUCCUGAAGUGGUUAUGGACCCAGCACUGGCAGCACAGUAUGAGCAGGACUUACAGAUUGCUCAGACCACUGCACUGCCAGAUGAAGAUGAUGACCUGUGAGGGAUGAAGCUGGAGCCCAGCGUCAGAAGUCUAGUUUUAUAGGCAACUGUCCUGUGAUGUUGGUGAUGCAGCGUGUUUGCCACUUUAUUAUCUAGCUGAACAGAACAUGUGCUUAAUCUUUGGGAUGCUGAAAGAGAUGAAUGGGCUUCGGAGAGUGAAUGUGGCAGUUUAAAAAAAAAACAAACAAAACAAAAUGAAAAAAAAAAACCAAAACAAAAAACCUUCAUAUUUUGGACCUGCAUAUUUAGCUGUUUUUUGGACUGCAAUUACUUCCCCUUUUGAGUUUCAAAUACAAGACUGCUGCAGUCACACCAGUGUUAAGUGGAAAAUCUUGUUUCUGUCAUUCCCAUUCUUUUGUUUAGGUAAUAAAGUUGUAUUUCAAGUAUCUCCAAGAAAGUGAACUUUCAUGCAUUGUUAGGAAAACUGUUCAAAGUGUCUUCUGUUCUUCAUUUGAGGGUAAUACUUGAUUGUCUACUACUGCAUUUCUCAUUCUGUUUUCCUUCUGCUUCUCAUACUAAGCUCCUCUUGCUGAUUCAGAGCUAACAGCCUGUCCUUUUUUGCUGGCUGCAGAGCUGAGGCGUGUGCUCAAGCUGAGCUGCCAGGCCGAGCCCCAGCAGCGAGCACGGCGUGGCAGAGGGGAGUGCUGCUGCUGCAGGGCUGCAGAGCCCAGCUGCAGCUCUGCUUGCACGUGCUGCACUGGCGCCCAGCCCCGGCUCCUCAGUGCCACAGGUCCCCGCAGCUCUGCUUUCAGCAGCCAGCAGCAGAUGGCAGCCGGGGCUGGAGCUGGCUUCAGCUGUGUCUUUGCAUGGAACAGCGUAGAGCUAUAGCUGGUUAAACCAAUUCUAAGCAUCCUCAAGUUCACUAACCAGAAAACAGCCAUGGUUCGAGCCAAAACGCUCUUGCCUACCCAGUGCUAUCUUUGCUGGAGCCACAGUGAUUUAAACAUCUAGACUUUACUGUAACUGCACCAAGUUCUUAAUUUGAAACUGGCUUAUUACAGCACAAAUGGUGGAAAAUGUCAACUUUUAACACUACCUUGUAGAGAUGAAUCUUGGUCAAUAUUAGUACUGCUAGUAAGCAAAACUUAAGUUUAGGAAUUUUUUUUUCAGUAGUGUUUGAGUACAUGAAGUCUUGAACUCUUCAGUUUUGUAUUUUUGGUUUCUUAAUAAAGUGGAGCAUUUCAUUUAUUCCUUUUAA